AUGAAAGUCAACGGCUUGAACUACUGGGGGAAGGAUUGCCUGGCCUUCGGCACAUCCACGAACUGUACAGGCAAGUUGCGGACGAUCUUGGAUCGAAUCCAGCAAACACCCCUACUGCUGGAUGCAAGCUCUGCCUACGAUCCCAUCAUCCCCAGGCCUCCGCCCACUGGGCGUCUCACGAACGAGUGCUAUCAAAGCAAUUGCAACACCAUCAGCGAGGAAUACAUCGUCAACCAAUUCACCGGCUUUCAGACCGACCAGCGCGUCUGCCCCGUUGAAGAGUCUCCGGAUCGCGGGUUCGAGUGCUUUAUCGGCCCGUUUGAAGCAGAUGGUGUCACGGACGUGUUGCAGCAGUGCCAGAACGGGAGAUUCCAGUGGAACUUCUGUCUCAAUCGGAAGACGAUCGAUGGCAGACCUCACACGGCGUGCUGCAGCUUUCUGUACCUGAAUUCUCGUCAAGGAGUUGAAUGUCGCAUGAUGGGCGUCGCACAGGGUACAUGUGCGAGUCUUCUGGAGGAGUUGACACGAAACUUGAGCACCAGCACCUACACGAUGAUCACCAAUGGCCAGGUGUUGAAAUCAUGCUCCACGGACGACUGCAACAAUCCGGACGAUGAGAUUGCAGGCUGUCCGGCUAUGGUGGACAGGGCGCCGGCCGUGACAGAUGGAAUAAGGACCACCGGCGAACCGACGAGGGAGGAGAUCUUGGAAGGCUCCGUGGUUCGCCCGCCAGAGCCGCCACCUUGGGGCCUCAUCGGAGGACUGUCCUCGAUCCCCUUCGCCAUGGUUUGCAUCGCCAUGGCCCUGAGCAAAGCCGGCGUCUUCAAGGAGGCGAUCGAGCCGUUGUUCCACAGCAGCAAGGCAACCGUGGUCGCGGAAGAUACCUUCAUCGAGCCUCAGAAGGAUCUCAUGACCAGUGGAACCAAAGGCAUGGACCAGAAUCUGACCUAUGGUCGGGUCGAGCCGCGUCCCCUUGGCCUGAGGAGCCAACUGGAUGAUGUCAAGGCUCUUCCGCUGGCGCUGAAGCAGAAAGCUGAGACGGCCGUGCCGGAGGCAGCCAAUGCUGCUUGGGUGGAUGCCAUCGUCGCGGAGGCCACUAUCCAGCAGGUGACACCGGACCAGAUCCAUCCGCUGCCCGAUGUUUUGGAGGGAACCACCUACACAGGUGAAGGCGCGAUUUGUCUACCUGAGGACCUGGACAUGCCCUUCACCGAGAAGCGGGCCCUGGCGCUUCAGCCGGCGGACGACUUCCUUCAUCCGAGCAAGAGCCAGAGCCAAGACGACCUGAGCAAUCAUCACCAGGCCGUCAGCAAUGGUGGCUCUAGCCGGCUGAACACGUCGCGAACCGGUGCUGGCAGCAGUUUCGCUGUCAGCCGGGCCCACAGCAAAAGGUCGAUAAUGACCACGGCUCGGACUGUGACAUCGGGUGCCUACAGCAGCCACACUGACCUGCUGACUGUCACCGAGAGACCUCUGUCGGAAGGGGGUUCUGCAGACGACCUGGUGCUGCAGCAGGAGCAGCUUCCGGAGCCGCCCUCAGUGGCGCCUGUGCCGGAGAUUGGUCACGUGGAAGGGAGUGUGUCUGGCCUUGUUCUAAGCCCGGUUUCAGUUGGGAAUCUGCACCGACCUGCAGCGGCGGCACGCAUGUUGCGGAAUCAGUCUGCUGGGAUGCCCCGCGUGGCCACCUGA